CUGGCAAGUGGUUCAGAGCGCGAGCUCACCCCUAUUUAAGCAGCGUUCGUCCUUCCCGAAGCACCAGUAGCAUCUCAACGCUCCCAACAUGAAGUCUUUUAUUAUCGCUGCCAUGGCCGCCGUUGCCGUUGCCGCUCCCCAAUACCCCCUCCCCGAGACUUAUGGAGCCCCCAGUCCCUCCUUCAGGGCUGUCUCAGUCGACAGCGUUGAGGUGGUUCCUAUCUUGAGGGACGACCGUGUCCAGGAUGACAAUGGGAGGUACAACUUUGAAGUAGAGACUGGUAAUGGCAUUUCGCUCUCCGAGUCGGGCACACCUGAUGGUCCUGAAGGUGCUGUUGUGAAAUCUGGUCAAUACGCUUACACUGCUCCCGAUGGAACCGUCUUUGAGCUCAAGUACGUCGCCGACGAGAACGGCUACCAACCGGAGUCUUCCCAUUUGCCAGUCGCACCUACCUUUCCUCACCCAAUCCCUCAGUUCGUGAUGGACCAGAUCGCUAAAGCUGCUGAGGAAGACGCUGCACUAGCCCGCGCCGAAUCCGCUGGUGUCAGGUCUGCUUCAGCCCCAUCCUUCAGUUACGGAGCACCUCAGUAACUUACUUUUCAUCAAGAGUCACGUCACAUGGAAUCUCACAACAUUUAUAUAUUUAUAAACUGAUUAAUCAUAUGCUGAGUACUAUACAUACAAAAUAAAAUUAAUUCUG